CACUGAACAGUCCGGAAGCGCAGGCACGCGAACUUCCCAGGGCCCUCCGGUUCCGCUGUCACUACCAUGGGUCGCUCCCGCCGGACGGGUGCGCACCGAGCGCACUCCCUGGCUCGCCAGAUGAAGGCGAAGCGGCGGCUGCCGGAUCUGGAUGAGAUUCACCGCGAGCUGCGGCCCCAGGUUCCCUCGCGGCCCUGGUCAGACCCAGGUGCCCAACCGGACCCUGACCUGCCGGGGGGCGGCCUGCAUCGCUGUCUGGCCUGCGCGAGGUACUUCAUCGAUUCCGCCAACCUGAAGACUCACUUCCGAUCCAAAGACCACAAGAAAAGGUUAAAGCAGCUGAGUGUGGAACCCUACACUCAGGAAGAGGCUGAGAGGGCAGCGGGUAUGGGCUCUUAUGUGCCCCCCCAACGGCUGGCAGUGCCCACAGAAAUAUCCACUGAGGUCCCUGAGAUGGAUACGUCUACCUGACAUGGCCCGAGGAUGCAAAAAGCAGAGAAGCUGCCCAUGUUGCAGGAUUAGGCUGGGAAAGACCGUGCCAACCUUUUUUGGCCUUGAGUUUGUUGAGUGGAUGGCUUCUUCUGGGUGCCCUCACCCUCAAAUAAAGGAACUGGAUAAAGA